AUGGAAGUUGUAACCAGAAGCCGAGGCUUGCGGGGGGAUGCGCAUCCCACCAGCCGGAUCUCUGCUCGCGGGGUGUUCAUGCAACCCCCCCGCAUGUGGGGCUCGCUCUCCUUUGGGGCUGGAGCCAACCAAGGGGAUAAUCUGCAGCGAUGCUGUGUGAGCAUCGCGGGGCGGGAUGCGAAGGCGGGUGCUCUAGGUUUGCUGGUGCUCCGCGGCAGCAGUUUUGAACAGUUUGGGUCCGAGUCCGGUUUGCUUGGCUGUGGAGGGGGCUGGGAGCGCGGUGGGGGCAAAGCCCGGCUGCUGCAGAGGGGGAUACGUGUGCGGGCACUUACGCAUCCUUUGCUGUGCCCUGAGGGCACCUGGGCAGAUGGUCGGUGCCGCAUCGCUUUGCAGGGUGGAGGGAGAAAGAAGAGUCCUCCUCUGUUGCCAUCUGCGAAACGAGGCAAAGGACGGGUGCACGUCGGGUCUGACGACACGCACGAGGAGGACCACAAGGAGAGGAGCAACAGAGAGCGAGCCAGCCAUCCCGGGGCAAAGAAAUGCCGUUUAAUUCAGGUGAUGGCUCAAAAGACCCUGGGAGCUGGCUGGGGCAGACACGGUGACAAUUUCUUUUUCUACAACCACAGUCGGGUUCCAGCAUGCUCUUUGCAGUCUCGCCCCGUGCAGCUCCGUGACGCUGUAAGAGGACGCUCCCACUCUGUUCACGUGGCUUCCACAGUCUGUGAAACCCCUGGAAGUUUGCUGAAAGGAAAUCCGGACUCUCCUGUGUCACCUCCUGGGAGGGAAGAAAAGUUUGGUGUCCAGGCUGAGAUCCAGUUUGCCUUCAUGUGCCUGCGGUGUCCUUCCCACCAUGGGUCCGGUGGCAUUUUUGUUCCUUAUUUUGGGAAUGUCUCCUUAAUGCCACAGCUGCUUUUCGAGGACCUCCAAAAGCACAGCCAAGACUGCCAGCCUGCCCUGCUCCAUGGGACAUCUGGGGUAAUUGGAAAAAGUCUUCGGACGAGAUGGGGAAUUUUAUAUGGGUGUCAUCUCUGGCCUGCUGGGAUCAGUGGAAGUCUCUUCAUUGCCCUCACUGAAUUUGGCUUGUCCUCGCACCUCUUGUCUGAAAAGCCAAGACACUUUCCAGUGCUGGGUAAUGAAAGCGGCAUCCCUGGGGAUGCUGGGGAGAGGAGCUGUGACAUCUCAAUGAGCUUACACCACCCCAAAGUGCUGAAGAGCUGCCUUGGGCAUGCGCUGCCUGCAAUAAGCAGCACUUGCAACACGUCGCUGCUGCCCUCGCUCUAUAAAACUCAGGUUUCCCCAGUAAGAGGUGGUGGUGAGGGUUCUGGGUGGCAACAGGGGCCGUGCACCGUGCUGGGAAGAGGCUGGGCUUCAUCCCUGCCCGACUGGCACCUAUGCUCUCCGUGCACAAAUACUUCCCAUCCGUAGAUCUGGAGAUGGAAAAGGAGAUGGGGUUUGAUGGACGAGCAGAGCGAAGCACAGAUUUAUUACGUAUCUGCUCUUGUUUCCUCUGGACCUGGGGCUGCAGCAGAAGCUGCUGGGGCCGGGGGGUGCAGCGCCGGGGGGUUCAGGUUUGGGAUGCUCCCGGCAGCCCCUCCCUGCACUCGGCAUGGUCCCAUCAGACCGACGGGUCUCCAGCCCCUCCAGCGGGCACCUGCCUCAGGUUGCUCAUGUUAUUUAAUGUCACACCUCUAAUGGCCCCCAUGCAAUGAGCCCACCAGACCCGGUGGGUCCCGGGAGGUGCUGGGGUGCCCGUGGGGCUGGCGGUGCCUCUGCUGCCUUCCCAUCGCAGCCCGCUCCCAUCCCCUCCUGCCUCUCCUCUGCCCGGGAUCUUAGUG